AAUUGAUCGAUCAGUUGCUUUUUUGUGCUUUUUGUCAAGAUAGUGAAUGAGUUUUCAGUCAGAUUAAAUGUAUAAAAAAGAACAUUUGGUUAAUUUUUAAAGUGAAUAAAUGGAAUUAUUUCAACAGUUUUAUCUUGAAAAUAGAAAACAAGAUUAUUUCUAAGACAUAUUCUAAAUGAAGAUGAAUAGAGAAAUGUUUGAUGAUAAAGAUUAUCCAACUCAAUGGGCGUUAAAUCCGUCCAUGUACCAAAAUAUGAGCAACGAUCAAGUUGAUUGGGCUGCUUUAGCGCAGCAAUGGAUCAAAAUGAAGGAGACAGUUGUCCCACCAGCUCCACCACCGCCCUCAUUAUCAAAUGAUACAAGAGAUGGUGGUGGAGAAGCUCCAAUGGACAUGGACACCAAGGAUGAUGAUGUUCCACCAGCACCACCAGCUCCUAAUAUUAGUGGAAAUGACAAUUGGUCUCAAUGGAGUCAGUGGGGACAGUGGAAUACAUCAGCACCGGGUGGUGGAGUCUGGGAGUGGAGUGGUGUUCCACCUCCUGGAGUUACUAUGGGCCCAGAUGGUAAGCCAAUGGGUGUACCUAGUGUUCCUGCGGUUUCUACGAUGCCAGUCGUUCCACCAGCACCAAACAUUUCUGCUAGACCUGGAUUUAAUGUCCCACCGCCUACAGCUCCUUAUACUUAUAACUCUAUUACUUCUAAUGCUGCAACUUUUAAUCAAGUCCCUGGAUAUUGGAGUAGUGACCCAACAGCUGCAAUUGCAUCUCCAACAACUUCACCAUUUAUUAAAGGCAUGAGACAUAGCCCGCGUAUGCCACACAUGAGGAAUGAACCUUUGAGGCCAAGAGAUGAAAAAGAAAAAACACCUGAAGAUGACACAAACAUGGUGAUUGAUGCUGCUAAAAGACGACAGCUGCCUGCGUGGAUCCGAGAAGGUUUAGAAAAGAUGGAACGUGAGAAACAUAAAGCUGUUGAAAGAGAAAGACAAGAGAUGUUGAGAAAGCAAGAACUCGAAGCUAGAAAACUUGCUGAAGAUGAAGCACGUGCAGUGCUUGAUCCGGCAAAAAGCAAAUUUGACUCUGACUCGGAAAAAGAUGCAGAAGCUGAUUAUGAAGACAAAGAGCAAGAAAAUGAUCGAUUGAAUCCAGAAAAUAGUCCGGAAAUUAUUGUAAAGCCAAGAAAAUCGCGAUUCAGAGAUGCUGAUUCAUCUGAUUCACGGAUACAAAGUAAUGAAAGUUCUAUCACUUCUGGAUCCAUUACUGGAACUAGUAUUAAAAGGACUCGAGAAGAAGUUCUUCAGGAUGUUAUGCUAAAAGUUCGUCGUUCUCUAACAGAGAUUCUAUUAGAAGUUACUAAUGAAGAAAUAGCAAGUGUUUGCAGGGAGGUUUGGAAUCGCUAUCGUGCUAAAGCCCCUGCAGGAGAGCCCCCCGUCGCAUCCUUCACCAACACGGCCCCUCUUGCUCAGAUCACUCGGACGUUGGGUCUGGGCAUCUAUGGCGAUAGCAACAGUGAAUCAGAGGAGGAACAGGAAUCACAACAAACGGAUGAAAAUGAUAGUGAUCUAGAAUUGAAGGAGACAUUGCGAAGACGCCAAGCUGCAUUCAAGAAGACUGAAGAAGAAAUAGAAGCUCGUUUAGCUGAGGAAGAAGAGAAUGAACUUCGUGAGGAUGAAUACAAUAGUGGAAAGUAUGAAACUCAUUCGGGUAAUGAUAAUUCUAAAACUCCCGGUUCUAUUAUUGAUGGAAAAGAAAUGAAUAAUGAAAGAGAAGCAUCAGAGGCACCAAGUAGUGGUGGUCAUACUCCGAAACAUCAAAAUCAAACAAUAGAAAACCCGCGAACAAAUCAAAGUUCACCUUCUAGAUCUAUCGAUACAGAGUCUAGUUCAAAUGGGUCCACUACAUCAGCUUCUAGUGAUUUCGAGUCUUCUGACUCCAGCAGAGCAACUAAGAAACGUAAACGAAAGAAAUCCAGAAGCAGAAGUAGAUCACGGACCAGAAAAUCUAGAUCUGAUAGCCGAUCAAGAGAUAAAAGAUCGAGACGCAAGAGUUAUCGGUCUAGAUCUUCGUCUAGAAAGUCUGGGAAAAAGAGAAGCAGAGAUAGAAAAAGACAUAGUAGGUCUAGCACUCGUUCAAGAUCUAGAAGACGUUCUCGUUCACAUUCUAGGAGAUCUAGGGAUCGUAAAAGAUCACGAUCGCGAUCAAGAAAUAGAAAACGAUCAUCACGGUCAUACUCAAGGGAACGAAGACGUUCCAGGUCGUAUGGGCAUUCUUCUUCAAAACGUAGAAGCAGAUCCAAGUCCAAGGAACGGUCCAGGAGAUCUAGAUCAAAAUCACGAACUCAUCGAGAUGGUAAGAAGUCGGCACAUCGAUACAGGGAUUGAAUCAACUCUCGGCAAAAGAUACAGGCCAAUGGAGGGACAAAAGGCGAUGUACUAUUAGGUAGAGUUAUGUUGUCUUUUUUGUUUUUUUUUUUUUUAUAAAAACGAUAAAGAUUAUUCAUAGCCAAGUGUGAAUGUUUCAAAUUUUAAAAUUGAAUAUAAACUUAAGUAUGCCGAAAAAAAUGAGUGAGAAGUCUGAAUGAGGUGUUAUUAUUAUUCAUGUACAUAUAAUGAACUCUAAUGAUAAAUAUAUUUAGUCUUUUCUUUCAUUUUAAGAAAGAAAUAUAUUUCAUUCAAAUAUAACAAA